AUGCCGAACCGUCAUAGUGACCAAGACGAGAACACCUCGGGUACAACUGGGGGCGCCAGCGACGUCGAAAAGGGGAACGACGGAACGAACAACGACAAUGCGCCCGGUGCGCCGCACCCAGAGCCCAAGCGGACCGUUACUGGUCUGAAGUGGUUUAUCGUCUUCACCUCCUUAAUGUCCACCGUCCUGCUCUUCGCACUGGACAACACCAUCGUCGCCACCAUCCAACCGUCCAUUGUCGAGACAUUCAACGACCAACAGAGCCUGGCAUGGAUCGGCGUCAGCUUCGUGCUUGGCCAAGUCGUCAUCCUGCCCAUUGGCAAAGCGUACGGCAUGUUCAGCAUGAAGAUCCUGUUCGUCGCCAGCCUGGUGCUGUUCGAGACCGGCAGCGCGAUCUGUGGCGCCGCGCCCAACAUGGACGCCAUCAUCGUCGGCCGCGUCAUCGCCGGCGUCGGCGGCGCCGGCGUCUACGUCGGAGGGCUGACCUACAUCAGCGUCCUCACCACGCCCAACGAGCGCCCGCUCUACCUCGCCAUCCUCAUGUCUGUCUGGGGUGUCGGUAACGUCCUGGGGCCCAUCGUGGGCGGCUCGUUCGCGACGAGCUCCGCCACCUGGAGAUGGGGUUUCUACAUCAACCUUCCCAUCGCCGCCGUCUUCGCGCCCGCGUUUCUCUUCAGCCUGCCCAACAUCAACGCGAUGCCGGACACGCCGUUCGGCCGGAAGAUGCGCAUGCAGGACUGGUUCGGCCUGGUCGUCUUCACCGGCUUCUGCCUCUGCUUCUGCAUGGCCGGCAGCUUCGGCGGCACGCUGUACGCCUGGAACAGCGGCUCCGAGAUCGCGCUCUGGGCCAUGACCCUCGUCCUGCUGGUCGUCUUCGUCUUCGUCACCGUCUACCACCCGCUCGUCCCCGCCGAGUCGCGGCUCAUGCCGCUGCACUUCAUGCGCACCAAGGACCUCGUCAUCGUGCCGCUGCAGGCCUUCCUGGUGGCCGGCAGCAUGAUGAUGUCUAUCUACUACACCCCGCUGAUCUUCCAGUUUACCAGGGGCGACAGCCCCCUGAUGGCCGGCGUGCGCAUCCUGCCGCUCAUCUCCAUGAUCGUCUUUGGCUGCCUCUUCAACGGCUUUGCCAUGCCCAAGUUCGGCUACUACAAGCCUUGGUUUGUCGUCGGCAAUGCCAUGCUGGUGGCCGGGGCAGCGCUGAUGACAACUGUCACCCCAUCCAUCUCCAACUCGUCCCUCUACGGAUACACAGUGCUCAUGGGCCUGGGCAUCGGCGCGUUCCAGAGCGCCGGCAUCGGCGUCGCAAGUGCCCUCGCGCCGCCAGCCGAGAUCAGCAACGUGGUCUCCGUCAUGACCGUCGGCCAAGUCCUCGGCAUCAUCCUCUCGCUCUCCGUCUCCGGCUCCGUCUUCACCAACCGGGCCAUCUCCAAGAUCGCCGCGGCCCUGCCCGACAUCCCGACGGGCGAGAUCGCCGCGCUGAUCACGGGCGCCAGCGGGCGCCUGUACGCGCGCCUCAGCGACGCCGAGCGCGCCGUGGUCGUCGCCCAGAUCAUGCGCGCCAUCUCCGACGCGUUCUACUACCUCGUCGCCAUCACGGCGGUGGGUUUUGUGACGUCGUUGUUUUUGAGCGUGAGUGUCUACCUACCUAUCCUGUCUUGGGUCUCGUUUCCAAGCGGCUGCUUUGCGAAGUAUUGUGAGAUGUGGUGCUGGUGCUGA